AGAGCACGUCCCCGCCGCCACUCUGCCGGUUUGAACUUGGCGGGCCCGAUGUGGGCGGCCGGGCUGUUGGGGGCUGCUUCGCCGGCUUCCUCGGCCGGCUGCAGGUCCAGGUCUCGGCCUUCCUCCGGCCCCUUCUCCGACCUCAUGGCGGGCGCCCCGGGGCAGGGGCCGGAGACGGUGACAGUCUGCUCGCCGUCGCCGCCGCUGAGCUGCAGCAAUUCCACCAUGUCACUGUUGUCUCCCCUUGGCCACCAGAGCUUCCCGUUUGACUACGACGAUGGCGACGGGGAGGAUGAGGAGGACGUGGAGGAAGAUGCUCAGGAUUUAGAAGCUAAGGUGGCGAACCUGAGAGGAGUGGAGUUACAGGGGUGCGUCAGCAGUGUGGUUGGGUCAGAAGAUAACCAAGAACAGAAACAGGUGUGCCUACCCGAAAGCCGCCUGACACCAUGGGAAGUGUGGUUUGUUGGCAAAGAAAAAGAAGAACGUGACCGUCUGCAACAGAAGGCUCUGGAGGAAUUAAAUCAACAGCUAGAAAAAAGAAAAGAAAUGGAAGAGCGUGAAAAAAGAAAGGCAAUUGCUGAAGAAAAGCACAAGGAAUGGGUUCAGAAGAAGAAUGAACAGCUUGUCAUUUUUGUGUCCUGUUUAAGAAACAUUUGCCUAACACCAAGGGGGUAAAAAUGUCCUCCAUUGUUUUCUUCGGGAAGUUGUAUAACUUUAGCUUUUAUCUAUAUUUUAAGUUACUUUUAAUGUGUGGUAAGAAUUAAGCAUCAGGGAUUUUUUUUUCUUUUUUUUUUUUUUUUUUUUUGCAUAUGGAUGCUAAAUUGCUCUAACACUAUUCGUUGAAAAGAUAAUCUUUUCCCUAUUUAAUUACCUUGGCACUUUUGUUUAAGAUCAAUUAACCGUCUAAGCAUAGGUCUAUUUCUGGACUCUAUUCUCUCCCAUUGAUCGAAUCCUGUGCCAUUACCACCCAAGCCUAUUACUGAAGCUCUAUAAUUCUUGAGUUUAUAAUUCUUUUAAUCAGAGAGUGUAAAUCCUCCAUUUUUUCUUCUACAAAAUUGUUUUAGUUACUCUGCAUCUUUCCAUAUACAAUUUAGAAUUUCUCUGAUCAUGUUUGCUUUAAUAAGGCCUGCCACAGUUGGGAUUACGUUAAAAAUAUAGAUCAUUUUGGAGGAAAUUGACAUCUUAGUAAUAUCAAAUUUUAAAUCUGUAAACAUGAUUUUUCUUUCUAUUUACGUCAUCUUUAAUUUCUGUCAGUGACUUUUUUUUUUUAGUUUUCAAGGUACAGUGGUAUUACACGUUUUGUUAAAUGUAUCCCUAAGAAUUUCAUGGUUUUGGUGAUGAGAACAGUUAUUUUGCUUAUUCCUGAUAGUAUGUUAAUGACUUCCAUGUCUGGUUUUGAUAUCAGAGUACUACUGGGCUCUUAAAAUGAGUUUGAAUAUUUAUACUUUUUUUUUCUGUUUUCCAAAAUAAUUCACGUGGUGAUUGGUAUUAUUUCUUCCUAAAUGUGUGAUGGAAUCCGGCAGUGAAGCUAUUCAAGGCUGGAGUUUUCUUUGUGGGAAAGUUUUAAAUUCCGAAUUGUUUUUACAGAUAGAAGGUUAUUCAGAUCCUUUCUUUUCUUUUUGAAUCAGUUUUGGAAAAUGGAAUAUUUUAAGGAAUUUGACAUUUCAUUUAAGUGGAAUUAAUUGACAUAAAAUUGUUUUUAACAUUCAUUCAUCUCUGUGUCUGUAUGAUCUGUGAUCUGCCACUUAUCUGUGUGACCUUAGGCACAUGGCUUAACCUCUUUGUGCCUUCAUUUCCCAUUUGUAAGGUAAGAUCAUAAUAGUGCUCACCUCAUAUUGUGGUCAUAAGAAUUGACAUAGUACAAACGUAGAAAGUAUAUAGAAAAGUAACAGGAAGAGUCAGCACUCAGUAAAUGUUAGCUGUUAUAAUUGAAGACAAUGUAGGGACUGGGUGACUCCUCGUUGAUGAGUUGUGGAAAAGUCUCAUGCAUCAGUGAGCCAGAUAUGCUACAAGAUCCUUUUCAAUCUCAUAGCUUUUCUGACAGUAGAGUAGUUAAAAUCCAGUAUUGCAGGAAAGGAUUCCUUUUUGGAGCUAUCAUCUGGCCAGCAAGACAGAAGUACACUUAGCAACUUGGGGAAUGACUCAGGCUUUGAUUUUUAAGACUUGCUUUUCCUGCAUAGGACUGGACAUAUAUUGUAUGUAACUGAUGUUUGUUACUUGGGUGUUAAUUGAAUUGCUUAUAUUAAAGUAUUCUACAAGAUGCUUUCAGUGGAAGAAUGUUGUUUCUUAGCCCAUAUUUCUUUGCUCCGUGAAGGGUGAAGCAUCUGGCAUCUGUAUUGCAUAUACUUAUGCCUUGCAUGUUGUUUUCUACACCUUUGAUAAAGAGAGCUAGCCAUGUCAUUGGCUUAUUUAGAAUGUGACUGUGUUGGUAAAUUGUAUUCUGAAUGAAAAAGAAAAAAACAUUGAGUUAUAGUCCAGUUUUUUUCUGUAAAGAGCCAGAUAAAUAGUUUAGGCUUUGCAGGCCAUACACUCUGUUGUAGCCAUUCAACUUUGCUGUUGUGGUACAAAAGUAGCCAUAGACAACAAAUAUAUAAAUAAAUUCGUAUGGCUCCAUUUCAAUAAGACUUUAUUUACAAAUAUAGGUGGCUAGUGGACCAUAUUUGGCUUGGGGACCAUUGUUGGCCAACGUCUGAUCUGUGUAAGACUUACAAGAAUUGUAUAGCUAGAGAUUGUCUGUAUGUACCCUUAUAGCAGUAUCUAAUGGUCCAAAAUGUUAUUUUUUUGUUUUCUGUAACUCACUGAUGGAGAAGAUUUUAUCUAAGUGUUCAUAUUGGCAAACUGUCCAAGAAAUGUAGGUAUAUCGCUCCUAUUUUAGAGUGAAGGUCAACAUUUAUUAAAACAUACAAAAUUCAGGAUAGUCUAACAGGUUGUAAUUUCAGUUCACUAUCAAUAUAUCUGUAUUGAAUACCUACUGUUUACUUAGUACUGUCACAGGCUCUGAGUUUACUUUCAUGAGCAAGGUCUUUGUUACUGUUAUCAUGAAACUUACAGCCCAGUUGGUAGACUAAAAUUGAGCAGGUAUGUUACAUAUUUUCAAUAAGCCACAUUGUGUCGGUCGCUAUGUUUCCACCUAUUUUAAGAAAUAACUGAAGUUUAAAAGAUUACUUCUUAUAACACUCAUUGCUUGUAUGAGCAUAAUUAUAAAUAUUCCAAUUAAAACUCCUUCAUUUUUAUUUAA